CGGAGUGACGCGCGGCAGCCUGCACCCGUCGCUCUCGGCCUCGCUUGGCUUUUAGCAAGGGCCACUUCGGCGGUGAUGAGUGACGUAGACUCUGAGGCCAAUGCCGCAGACGGGGACCACGAGCUGCCUGUUAUCCAGCUGGUCGGGCUGGUGGAAGAGCUCAGCUAUGGAAAUUCUGCUCUCAAAACUGAGACAGAAAUGUUUGAGAAAUAUUACAAUAAAUUGGAGCCCAGGGAGCCUCAAUAUUCUCGAUUACCAGAAAUUAAAAUAACAGGACCAGAAUUUGCACAGUUUCGAGGCAGAUACAGAUCCAGAUCCCACACAGACCGUUUGAGAGGUCUCAUUGUUGAUCAAAAACUCGAGCUUGUGCAAAAGGAGCUGGAAGACACAAAAGAUGAAAUAAGGCACAUGAGGGCAAAUGCCGAACGGGACCUGCAGCACCACGAGGCUAUCAUCCAGGAGGCUGAUAUCCGAUGGAAUGAAAUUCAGAGAGCAAUGUAUGAAUUUGAAAAAGAUAUUCUAAGAAACAUACCCAGGAAGAAAGGGAGUAUCUUGGCCACUCAGAAAAUGUUGAAGUACAUCGAAGACGUGAACCACCGAAGGGAUAACAUAAAGGAUAAAUUACGUUUGAAGAAUGUUUCUCUCAAAGUCCAGAGGAAAAAAGUGCUUUUACAAUUGAGGCAGAAGGAAGAGGUGGGCGAGGCCCUCCAUGAUGUUGAUUUUCAGCAACUGAAGAUCGAGAAUGCUCAGUUUUUAGAGGCGAUUGAAGCAAAGAAUCAAGAAUUGAUCCAGCUAAAAUUGGCAUCUGGAAACACCCUGCAGGUCCUCAAUGCAUACAAAAGCAAACUGCACCAUGCAAUGGAAAUGACUGUCAGUCUGGAGAAGGAGAUCUUGCUGAGAAAUGACUUACUUGAAAAAAUUGAAAAAGAAACUAUUCAAGUAGAGGAGGACCGGGCCAAAGCCGAGGCUUCAAACAAGAAACUCCGGAAGCAACUGGCAGAGUUCCGAGCCCCGCCAGUGAUGAUGUAUGUCCACGAGAAGAUCCUGAACGGAGAGCUGGAGAAGACCAUUAAGAUGUGGGAGAGGAAAGUGGAGAUUGCAGAGAUGUCUUUAAAAGGCUACCGCAAGGCUUGGAAUAAAAUGAAAACAGCCAACGAACAGUUGCAGGAAGUUACCCCCCUAGGAAACAGCCAGAGGAGGGGCACACUUGGAGACCAAAAAGUGAUCCAUUAAAGUAAUCCGUUCCUUCCUUCUCAUGGGAUCCUCUCACUGCUGGCUGGUGCCCAAGAUCUCCAGCCAGGCUGAUAUGGUCACCUCCCAGGCCACAUCUGCCCGUGGAGAGUUUUCACAGGCUGGCCCCUGGAACGGUUAACACUGAAAGAACCACAGGGCACUCUAAUGAAUGGUUUGACACUUGUUAGCCCACAUUUAGUUCACAAGCACAAAUGAAAGUGACCUUCCCGAAUGUG